AUGAAACCACCGUCCCAAUGUCCAUCUCUCCCUUCAGAUCAACGUGAAGGUAACACCAAGAACAUAGCCACGCCGGUGACUGACAAAGAAGGCCCUAUGGUAACCGCCUCUACUGUGGAAGACAUUCUCGCUGAGGCCGGGGAUUCACAGCCUGUUGGUGACGUCGAUUCUCAUCUGAAAACAAUUGCCGUGUCUUCGGAUCCUGUUGGAGCUUGGGCAGAACCCUUGAAGAUUCAUCUUCCUUCUUCUUCUUCAGGGUCGGCCGUACCAUGGGACGCUGGUUCGGACCUCUUCCAAGAUCCAUCAGACACAUCCCAGUUGCCAUCUUUCUCUUCAAGUCAACGUGAAGCUCACACCAAGAACGUAUCCAUGGAGGCGCUUGGAAGUAAGGUAGACGUUAUUGUCGCAAAGAAUGGUGGAAAUUUUACAACCGUGACGGAGGCAGUCACCGCCGCUCCGGAGAAUAGCAAGACGCGGUAUACUAUACUCGUGAAGAGAGGCACUUACCUUGAAAACGUUAUCAUCGGGAUAAAUAAAACGAAUCUAACCAUCUUGGGAGAGGGAAGUGACUUAACAACUAUCACCGGCAGUUUGAACAACGCUGAUGGUAAAGGACCAUACGAUUCGGCAACACUUGCGGUUGAGGCAGAUGGGUUUAUGGCCCAGGACAUUUGCAUCGCCAACACAGCCGGGCCAGCUAAAGGACAGGCUGUGGCUCUCCGAAUUAGCGCCAAUAGAGCGAUCGUAUACCGAUGCCGUAUUGAUGCUUUUCAAGAUACACUAUACGCCCACAAGGGACGACAUUUCUAUGGUGAGUGCUACAUAACCGGCACUGUAGAUUUCAUUUGCGGAGAAGCAACUGCUGUGUUCCAGAACUGCGAUAUUGAAGCUCGGAAACCACUUCAAGGACAAAGUAACAUGAUCACCGCUCAACAUUGCAUGACUAAUGACCCCAAGUCGUGGUUUUCUAUACACAAGUGCAACAUAAAGGCGGCUCAAGAUCUCAUUCCAGUUAAGGGAACAGUGAAGACUUUUUUAGGACGACCAUGGGGUGAUUAUGCAACAGUAGUAUUCAUGAAGUCAGUCAUCGAUGAUCUCAUUGAUCCAGCCGGUUGGGCUCCUUGGGACAACAAGGAAGGACAUCUGUCUACUUUGUUCUAUGGAGAAUACCAAAACAGCGGCCCAGGGGCAGAUACAAUCAACAGAGUCAAGUGGAAAGGAUUCAAAGUCAUAACAGAUCCGAAAGAAGCUGAGCAAUUCACAGUGGGAAAACUUCUAAGUGGAGAGUCGUGGCUUAAAGCUAGCGGAAUGGUUGCAUACUUGAAAAAAAACUUUUUCUUGGUUCUUACAAUUGUUCUACUUCCUUUUGUUGUGUCAUCAUCAUAUGGAGACUUUAGUAUGAUGGUUGCAAAAAAUGAGAUCGACUUCAUAUGCACAAGAAAAGACGUCAAUUCUUCACUUUGUUAUGAGCUUCUAAACUCAAUCCCUAAAAUUUCAGCUUUAGAUUUUACUGGCCUCACUGAAUUUCUUAUCAAAUAUCAGUCUCGAAACGUUUCAGAUGGGUUGAACCAAAUAAAGUCGUCUGCAGGCAACGCAACAGAUUUGCAGACAAUUGAUUUAUGUGUAAGAUUAUAUGAAAACACUCUUUAUUACACUGAUCAUAUUCUCAAAGCUUUGGCAGCGAAGAAAUACUUCAAUGUAAACAUUUACAUCACAGGCGUAGAUGCCAAUAUGGAUGUUUGUAGAGAUGAAUUAACCACAAAAGAAUUAACACAUGAAAAGGUCUCUUGCUUCAUAAAUCAAACUAUAGAUGAUGGAUAUAAACGGACCAGAAUUCAAGGGGACAAGAAUACUAGUUCAAAAGUCUGCUUCAUAAUCAGGCAAAGCAGGUCGAAAUCUAACACAUAUAUCCCUUCCAAUUCAUCCACCAUCUGCUCUCUUCCACCGCUUCGCUGCCGCCAUCCCCGGCGGUUCCUCCGAUCUCUAGCGCUGAAAGGUGAAGCUGACAUCGUUGUAGCGAAGGAUGGGACCGGAAAUUUCACGACCGUGAGGGACGCUGUCACAGCAGCUCCAGAAAACAGCAAGAAACGCUACAUCAUCUAUGUGAAGAAAGGAGUCUAUGAAGAGAUUGUCAUCAUCGGGAAUAGGAAAGAGAAUAUAACUAUCGUAGGUGAUGGCAGAGACUUAACAGUUCUCACCGGCAGUCUCAGCGGUAUCAAGACCUUCCAAACUGCAACUCUUGGUGUUGACGGAGAUGGAUUUAUGGCACAAGAUAUCAGCAUACAGAACACAGCCGGACCGAAGAAGGGACAGGCCGUAGCCCUCCGCAUAAGCGCGGAUAUGUCCGUUGUCUACCGGUGCCGAGUUGAUGGAUUUCAAGACGCUCUUUAUGCUCAGUCAGGUAAGCAGUUUUACCGUGAGUGUCAUAUAACUGGCACGGUAGAUUUUAUAUGCGGAGAAGCAGCAGCAGUCUUCCAAUAUUGCCAGAUUGAGGCAAGAAAGCCAUUGGAAGGACAAAGCAACGUCAUUACGGCCCAAUCACGCAGUAACAAUACCAAAAACUCCGGGUUUUCAAUCCACAAAUGCAACAUAACGGCGACUCCGGAUCUCACUCCUGUUAUAGGAACGGUAAAAACUUUUCUAGGACGGCCAUGGGGUGCAUACUCAACCGUAGUAGUUAUUAAAUCAUUCUUGGACGACCUCAUUGAUCCAGCAGGUUGGACUCCAUGGGCAGACGACAGAGGACGUCUGUCCACUUUGUAUUACGGUGAAUACCAAAACAACGGCCUGGGGGCGGAUACAACUAAGCGAGUUAAGUGGGAAGGAUUCAAAAUAAUACAAGAUCCGAAAGUAGCUGCAGAAUUCACAGUAGAAAAACUUAUAGGAGGCUCGUGGCUUAGAGAUAUGGGAGUUCCUUACGAGGAACGACUUUAA